AUGUCCUACGCAGAGAUCCUCAAUCCGGAAAUUAAGGCCCGGAGCCUGAAUAAUAUAGCGUCACCUCCAGGAUUUGGCCUGCAAAACACCAAAUUAAAAACUUCCGAACCUGUCAAGAAACCCACACCAGAAGAACUCGACAGACUCAAACUCAAGAAAGCAUGGGACGUUGCCUCGGGCCCUGCUAAAUCGGUGCCCAUGAACUGUAUCAUGAGCUACAUGACGGGUAACUCGUUACAAAUGAUUCCCAUCAUGAUGACUGUCAUGCUUCUUAUAAACCCGAUCAAGGCCAUCUUUUUAGAAACAAACAAGGUAUUCGCUUCUUUGGAGACCAGAAACCCGAACGAUUUGCUCAUGCCUAAAGCGAUGUUUGUUGUGUUCCAGCUAGCAAAUGCUGGUAUCGGCUUGUUCAAGCUCUGGACCAUGGGUUUGAUCCCCAAUGGCGAAGCCGACUGGCUAGCUUGGAAGCCAGUCACCCAGGUGGUGGAAAGAUUGAGAAUAUAA